GAGUUUGAGCAGUUUUGAUCCGAUUAAUGACCAACAAGGCACAAACUCUUUUUCCAUUUUUAGCAACAAUUUUUUCUAGGUUAAACACUCCACAAUUCUUGAAAAAACUUAACCCUAUUAUAUUAUUUAAUCUCAGCUCACCUCGCAUCUAAUUAUAUUAUUAUUAAACCUUACCUUGCUGAUCUAUCUAUAUCUCAGCUCCCGGCCGGCCGGCCUCCUCAAUCCAUAUAUAUAUAUAUAUAUAUAUCGUUUCUUGAAUUCCUAAACUCUAAAAAUCUAUCUCCAUGGACAUCAACCAUCAUUAUCUUAAGUUCAUAAGUGAUAAUUCCAGUUGGGGAGGAGAGCCUAGCAGCAUACCCAUGGAAGCUGAUCAUCAUCAUCAUCAUCAGUUUCCCUUUCAUGAUCAGACUGUGUGGCCUAGUAACUUUCAACAUCACACUGAAAAUCUGCAGAUUCCUGCUUGUUUAGGUGCAGGCGGCGGCAGUAAUGGAGAAGAUAAUGGAGAAGAAGACGAGGGCGAAGAAGAGGAGCUAGGGGCUGUGAAGGAGAUGAUGUUCAAGAUCGCAGCUAUGCAGCCGGUAGAUAUCGACCCAGCCACCAUCCGCAAGCCCAAGCGCAAGAACGUCAGAAUCAGCGACGACCCCCAGAGCGUCGCCGCCAGGCUCCGCCGUGAGAAGAUAAGCGAGAAGAUCAGAAUCCUCCAGAGACUCGUCCCCGGCGGCACCAAAAUGGACACUGCCUCCAUGCUUGACGAAGCCAUCCGCUAUGUCAAGUUCUUGAAACGCCAAAUCCGCCUGCUCCAACUCAACCACCAGCCGCCGCCGCCACCACCACCGCCUCCCGCCGGAAAUUGGGGCGCCGCCGCCACAACAACUUUCGGUGGAAACGCGGUAACGGACGACCCAACGGCCUCCAUGUGCCUCAACCACGAGGUAAUUGGCGAUUAACUGAAAAAAGGGCGUCAUUAUAUUAUUAUUAUUAUUAUGUACUUAAUUAUCAAACAAAUAAAUAAUA